GCGGCAAUCUCGAGAUCCCGCCUGGUCGGAACAUCACCAACCUUGAUGCUGGACUUGGAAGCUCGUAAGCAGACAAGACCGCGUCGCUAGCGAACAAGUCAAGUCUGACUGCAGUUCCCAAUCCAAUUUUUGAAAAGCGAAGGAGCCUUGCGCCCUUCAAUUCGCAACCAUGACCUCGUUGAACAAGCAAGGCAAGAUGGCCGGUUACAUCAACUACCGGAUGAGGACGACCCUCAACGACGGCCGCCAGAUGGUCGGCCAGAUGCUCGCGUUCGACAAGCACAUGAACCUCGUUCUGGCCGACACCGAAGAGUUCCGCCGAGUCAAGCGCAAGCAGGCAAAGCCCGCCGCGCCCGGUGCGGCCUCCGGUAGCUCGUCUUCGACUGUCGAAACGGAAGAGAAGCGCACGCUCGGCCUUACCAUUGUGCGCGGCGCGCAGAUCGUCUCGCUCUCUGUCGAGAGCCCGCCCCCUGCAGACCCGAGUACUCGACUUGGCAAGACCACCACCGGCGGUAUCUCGACGACAUUGACCGCAGGACCAGGCACCGCGCGCCCUGCUGCCAGAGGAGCCGCCGCGCCGGUCUCACUCGCCGGCCCCGCUGCUGGUGUGGGAGGCGCUCCUCCCCCUGCAUUCCCUGGCUUCCCCGGUGCUGCUGGCGCGCCUGGUUUCCCUGGUGCACCCGGCUUCCCUCCUCCGGGUGGUUUCCCUCCUGGUUUCCAGGGUCCUCCCGGUGCCCCCGGCUUUGGACGCGGCCAGGGUGCGCCGGGCUUCCAGCCGCCGCCGCGUCGUUAAGCGAAACUCCCGAGCAGCAUAUCUCGAGAAGGAUGAUUUUCCACGACCUGGGCGUUUGGGUAGAUGCAUAAAACCAUGUUUCUUUGGCGGAUAGUCGCAUUUAUAUGAUAUACCAAGGAGUAUCAACACAGAAUGAUGCCGCUGGGUGGGGGAAUGCGACAGGUCACCCAACUCGACCGCGCUCUACGAGAAUGAAUGGUCGGUGAGGCUGAGACGCGCAUGCGCCCCGCGUCCUCCGACAGAGCGAGCCACUUGUUCGCAUUUAGUCACGAUUGGACGGUGGAUACGUAACAAAAGACACUGCCAGAGACGCAAUCUUCCGGGCAGAGGUCUCUACAUAUGAUGUCGGAGAAAUUGGGGGUGGGUGCAACCCACCGGGCAAGCCGCGCCGCCCCCCUGGCUUUCCGAACACCGACGGGGGUGUUGGCAGGCAGACCCAUAUCCACACCGAAAAGCUUGCCCUAGCUGUUGGACGUGAUUCCGUUCGUUUGUACCUAAACUCGGGCUCGACACAGGAAGAACAAGAAAAUUUUCGCAGAUUUUGGUUGUCUCCUGGAUUGCCACCGCC